UCAGCGAGGAAAAUCUCUUUUCUUCUCCUUUGAUUAUUCUGUCUUUGCGAGCGUCUGCUUUUUUUCGUUUGUUCUUCUCUUUUCUUCCAUACCGAGACAUGUCUGCACCACUCAGUCGGACUAGACGACUCUCAUCGGUCUGGGACAAUUUCCGCAACAAAUACCGCAAGACGCGUAUCGACAGCCUGCUCUCACCUCCGAACCUAGACUCUGGAGACGACAAGAAGAGCGGCUAUUCAGACCCUGAAGGAAAACUCUUGCCCUCUGAUUAUGAUACGGACAGAUCUCCUGGGUCAACGGGUAGACAGUCUUUCUCCGAAGAUGAAGUCGUCAGUCCUUGCGAUAGUAAACUUCCCGAUUUCCAAUUCCCGCCAGCGAUUUCUGGGUUUGAGGUUGGGGGUGACGAGGAAAAUGAGAGUGAUGGGACGAGCUCGGAUCAGGAUGGACGGAUUGCAGCUGCUAUUGACAAUUUCACUGUUGAAGCCACCGAGCCAGAGGAUAUCGGACGGUACUUUUCUCAUGCUGCGCGGAAGACUGGUGAUGAUGCUACGAUUUCCGAACAGAUCAGUCCCACUGGAAGUAUGGAUACCGGAGCCUCUGCGGACUCGACCAGUGGACUUCUGCAUUCGGAUAACUCUGGCUCGACAUUGAGUUUCGAGGUCGGCGUGCCGUUGCAGAGGACAGUGGCCAAUAGAAACCUGCAGCAGUGGAAAACGCAGGUGCAGACUGAGCCGCAGACCGCCGAGCAGAGUCUGGCGCAGAGUACUUAUAUCUCGUUGGAUGAGGUUGUACAUGAUACCGGAUGGAUGGUUGAAGAGCAGGAAAGAGCAAAGCACAAGGAAAGAGAGGUUCCCAGGACUGUGGAUGGGGUGAGAUUGGAUGCGAGACCUUUGAUCAGGCAUACGGGUACUUCGGCCCCGCCGCACAGUUCUUUGCAACUGCACACUUUUGCUUCGCGGCAACAGCAUAUCGACGCGCUGGAUGAGGGGCAAGUGUCUCCGAAGAAGAUCGCAGAGCCAGUUCUUGAAGCUUCGACAUCGCAGAACCUGGCAGCACCAUCAGCACAACGUCGCCCUCAACCAAUCUCUUGGUUCUCUUCUUCUUCAGACUCGAGCGUCCAAUCUCUCCGUCUAAACCUCACAAACCAAACCUACCGUCGCAGAAGCACCAUAAGACCCCCUCCCACCAUCCCUCUAUCUCGACCUCAACUUCUCUCUUCAUCCCCCUCGCAACAACCCAUAACCUCAAAACGCCACCAAACCACAAACGAAACCGUCCUGGGGGUUCCGACCUUCUCUUCCAUCUCCAACACUUCCAACCCUUUCUUCUCCCCUCCCUCUUCCUACCCACCCAAACCCCUCAAACUCGCAACAGCAGCACCAACAUCACACCCGAAGCCAAAAAUCGAAUACUCACACACACCCCCUCGCAUCCAUGCCCGUCAAAUCCAAAGCCGUCGUGUUUCUUCAAAACCACUUACGGCAUAUACUUCACUCUCCACGCCGUCUGCAAUCUCCACCUUCCACUCAACACUGACGUCCCGCCUGCACCUCGCCAUAAGCAGCGGCGAUAUAAAGGCCUCACAAGUACCCGUGAAAGAGCGCGUGCGAAGGAUUUCCGGCAAGUCAUUGCAGCAGGGGUUGCAGCAGGGUGUCGCGAGGUCGGGGAGGGCGGUCAGGAGGUGGAGUGUUGGCGUGGGUGAAGCUGUUGUUGCUGGAGGGGGGUUGGGAGUUGGAUGGGGGGAUGUGGGUGGGGGGAGUGGGAUGGAGGAAGAGAUGGGGGUGGGGAAGAGGAGUGCGAGUGUUUAUUAUGGGGGUGGAUUUGUUUGAUGUGGUAGGAUGGGGAAGAAAGAGAUGGAUUGGGGAUUGGGGAUCGUCUCUACGUUGGGCUCCCGUCUUCGGAAAUACAAGAAACCGCCUUGGAGAUAUCGACUGGAUUGGUCACAUCCACAGAAUAACAGUCAGAUCUAAUGCGUACGCAAUAUCAAGCAUACAGAAAAACCACAGAUUGCAAUACAAUAAACUCAUAUUCUUAG